ACGCUCCUGUUUGUUUUCCCAUAAUUCAGAGAGACAGAAAUCUGGUUGUUUUUCAAUAAGUCAUAAAUAACUCUGUGUGCAUUAAAGAUAAUCGUUAGGGUGCUGUGCGUUUUUAUAUUCUGUUAAGGUAACACAAUCUGUGUUAAAUGAAUUGAGCUGUUGGAAGGAUGUGUUCUCAUAGAGACGCACGAGGAGCAUGUCACUGAUCCUGUUUGCCUUCGUUGUCCGGAUCAGGGAUGGGCUCCCUCUCUCUGCCUCCACUGAUUUCCUGCAUAACAAGGAGCUUCAGGAGAGAAAGCAGCAGCUGAAAGUGAUGUCUAAAUCUUUAAACAUAUUACCAGAGAGAGGCAUCAUCAAGGGCCAUGAGCUCAACAUUUACUUCCUCUCAUCCAAGGGUGUGUCCUACAUGACCGUAUGUGCAUGCGGUCUCCCUGCAGCCAUGGCCUUCUGUUUCUUGGACGAUUUGUGCUGGGAGUUCACAGCAUGCUUUGACAGCUCAGCGGUGGCCCUGGCAAGCAGGCCGUACCCGUUUUUGGAGUUUGACAGUACCAUUCAAAAACUUCAGCACCAUUAUAAUCAGAAUAAAGGUCCAUCUCUGGAAGUAACCCUGGUCGAGGUGCAGGAAGAGCUCAGCACCAGCCCUCCUCAGGUUCUUACCAUGGGGGAUGUGACGCUGGCCAACGGAGUAGCCAAUGGGCAUGUGGACCAAACAACUGCGUCAGGACAAAAUCAAAGAUUGGAACCAGUCUCAGCUCCUGGAAUCCUCUCAUUGGUUCUUAACAUCAUGUGUGCUGCCCUUAACCUUAUACGUGGUGUCCACCUCAUUGAAUACACCUUUCAGGAUGAUUAUGAUAGUUUAUGGAAUGUGCUUGCGUUUCUUGUGGCAUUUGUCUGCUGUGUUUGUCAGUGUCAUCUGUACUUGUUCCACACCUGCCAGAAGAAGUUGAAAGCCAUCACUCUCCUGAUUCUCAUCAUCUUAUGCAAUGCUUUUCUCUUCGAUGUGAGGAACAUCUGGCAGCUGGUCUUCCACAUGUCCGUGGCCUGCAUCUCCACCCUGCUCACCCUCCACCGAAAACUGCUGGACAGAAACACGGACUGUGGGGUAUGAGAACUUCAGGGUAACAUAGGGUAAGAUACCAGCAGCCCAGAGGAUAAUAUCACAUACUGUACAGUAUGUGCGAUAUUGGAGUGCAAUGGGUUUUUUACAGGGGUUUUUUCAUUAAAUUGAUGCGUAUCAAUUGUAGACGGUGUAUUUUGAAUGUAAUAUGGAGAAAGUGAUAAACAGACAUGAAGUAGGGAUUAAGUUCGCUGCAUUGCUUGUGGUAAAUUAAUUAAUUUAUUGGCUGCAAACUAAAAUAAACUUAUGAACGUUUCAGUUAAUUUAAAAAAGGAUUAUCAUUCCAAAGACUAUAAAUAUGAGGUUAUUUCAUCACUUAUCAGAAGUUCACAUAUAAUAUUCUUAACGUAAUACAGACAUUUUACAAAUGUUUAUCUUUUGUCAACACACAGUGGGAUUCAAGUCUUAAUCUUUGACCUGGGAUUAAAAAUCUUAAAACAUUAACAUGGAUCAAUAGGUUUUGCAUGAACUUUUGGAGUCUGUGGUCAAGUACAUGCUUUUCUUUAAAGUGAUUAUUGAAAUUCUAAAAUGUGUUCAUUUUUACUCUGUUAUGCUGAUACAUUUUAAAAAUUAAAAAAAAAAAACUUUUCCAUUAGAAAAAAUGCAGAGACCUUUAAGUCUUACUGUACAUUUUAUCAGUGGUUUACGGAACUUGGUUUACAUAUUAAUAUGUAAUUCCUUUAUUUGCACUAAAGUACUCAAAAUAGACUAAACUUCUAGACUUUGUUGAAAGUUAUAUUUGCAGCAGAUAGUAUUAUUAUUUGAUUGAGUAAAAACGUUUAUUCCAGGACUCAUUUGAGGUUAAUUCCUCCGUUAUGAUUCAGAACGGUAUGUUUAAAAUAACAAGGAUGUGUCUUAUAUUUUAUACUGAUACGGACUGUUAAGCGGCUAUGGUUUGUACGCUACAUUUUGGUCCAUUAAUUGCAGAUGUCAUGCACUUGCUCAAGCAAUUCCACAAGCGUAAUCACCAUAAGCAAUCAAUAUUAAAUCUCUGUUCAAGUAAAUCAGAAACAGUUUAGAGUAGACAAGUAAUUUGAUUUUAUUUUCUGAAUCAUAGUCACAUUCCUGAAUAUUUCAGAAUUUUUACAAGCAAGCUUGCAGAAAUUGAAUUGAACGUCAUCUUUUUGUAUCAGCAACAGCUUUCAUGUCCAAUUUCUGUUCUAGUGUUUUAAUAUGUUUGGGAUAACAUUUAUUGCAGUGGUAAGAUACUGUAUGCUCAUGCCUUAUACAAAAUGAAUGCUGCUGUCCAAACAGAGGAGUGAGAAUGUAUGUUUGAUCAUUUUGUAGAAAUUGUUGACACUAAUAUGUAACGUUAAUGUACUAAGGGCUCUGUUUCUGUUAACUAAUUUCUGGGUUUUCUUCUCAACAAAGCUUGAUAAAGCGAAAGAACCAGUAAAUCAUGGUUUAGUUAUUUUAGAUUUUUAGUCGUAAUUGGCAUUUAAAUGAAUUGAUAUUGGUGCCCUCAGCUUUUUAAAUGGAUACAUAUUUACUCACUCCUCAGUUAAUACAUGGAGUAAUGUGUUUAUUCAAACAAUGAAAUAUGUAUUUUUGUAAUGAUAAUGUAGUUUUUUAUGUUUGUAGAUACAGUAUAUGGGGAAAUUAGUGUUUAGUUGCACAAAGGAUAAUUUAUGUAGACAUUUGUAUAUCAUGUUCUUUUUACAUUUUUAAAACCUGUCAGUGAUUUAUAUUGUUGCACGUGCUCGAGGUUGUUGCUUAAAAACUUAAAAAGCACUUGUGAUAAUUGCAGCUUGAAACCACUAUUGUCUUACAUUAACUGAAGCAUUUAAUUUAUAAAUAUGUCUAGAACUUACUACUUAAAGUGUUUCCCUAUAUACAAUAUUGAACCUGCCUACUAGUUUGUUGUCAAUUAUUUUGAGCUAGUGAAUUGGGUUUGUUGCACUAGAGUUUCAUUACAAUAUUACCUGCUACCAUCAUGAACCUCCAGCAACCAAAUAAGAGUCUCCUAAAAUGAUUUUUAAAAGUGAAAACUGUUUCCAUGUUCUUUGUUUUUUGCUAAAUGACUUUUAUGAGAAUAAUAUAAAAUAACAGCUGAUAAGAA